AUGUCCGCCGAGGCACUGCCAAUCACACCGGCCGCCUUCGCCGAAGCCAUCAAGGAACUGACAGUGCCGUCGCUGCACGCAAAAGCAGCCGAGCUGCGCAAUUCCAUCUACCAUCUGCGCCGCUCGAACCUGCAGCUGCAGCCCUUCGCGGACGAGGGCGACGGCGACUGCGCAGAGGCGAUCAGGGAGAACGAAGAGGUCAUGGCACGCAUGGAGGACCGCAUCGAGCUCCUGAAGUUGGAGGUCGAGGUGAAUCGCGGCAUGCUUUGGGUUGACGACGCCAAGGCGGAUGCGAGCAAGGAGCAGGUCAACGGAGACGCCAGUGAAGCGCAGCGAAACGGCGACGAUGGCGAGCAGAGGAGCGAGGAGGGCAGUGCGCAAAACCAAAGUGCGACAGAAACCCAGCAGCAGCCAGCGAACAGUGCGAGUCAUGUGGAGAGUGAGGCGCAGGACGAGCACGAAGGAGUUUUCCUCUAA